AGUUGGCCUAACCAACCAGUCGAAUAAGGGAUAUCGCUAGAAAAUUGUUAAAAUCUUAAGAAAAGCCAAAAUUUAAUAGUUACUAUUACAAUAUAUAAGUUACAGAUCUGCAUACGCAGUAAACCGAUAUGUAUUAAAAAGUUGCCACAACAAAAUGCAAAAGCCAUGCAAAAAGCCUAAAAACUUAAUUCAAUCCCAUACGCCAAGCCACCAAUAAUAUCCACAAGUGUCCAAAACUAACCACGAACCACCUUACCUAAAAUUCCUGCACCUACGAAAUGCUAGGCAGUAGGAGCCCCCCAAAGUACAAGCAGCUCGCAACGGGAACGGGGGGCUCCGCCAGCUCCGGCUCGAAUCUCAGUUCCAGUUCCAAAUCGUGCAGUGGCCAUCACUAUCAGCAGGCCUAUCUGGGUCACUCCCACGCCUGCUACCAUCAUCAGCAUCAGGAACACCAGCAGCAGCAGCAGCAGCAUCAUCAUCAGCAUCAAAGUCAUUCACACGGCACUCGCACUUCGUUGACGCCCACCAUGAAGAGGGGAAAGAAGAACUGGGGGAGUCGGGAGAGAUCCAGCAUGAGUUUCUUGAUCGUAAUUCUCUUCUUUGCUGUUUUCGGCCUUAUCAUAUUGACUGAGGUUUUCAUGAUCGACGAACGGUCUCACAGCGGCUUGAUGGCCAUGAGAGCGGGCGGCGGGGGUGGCGCCAGUCUGGGCGGUCGCUUGGGCGACUCGAUGCCGGAUUAUGAUAAUGUUAAGGAUGACUACGAUCUGGACGACAGCAUUCUGAGUGAUAAUAAAUUAGGUUUUAUACAGUUUCGUGACAAUAAACUUAAAAUUCAAGAAGCCGCAGGCGCUGACGGUCAACACUCACGUUAUGCGGGUACGAUACUCAAUGGUGCAGCUGGAGGAGGCGGAACUGGGGGCGGUGCAUUCGGUGUGGGCGUCAGUGGAGCUGGCAAUGGCCUGAACAUGCCAUUGAUACCUUGGGGCCAGCUGCUGCCCGACAAGGUGGAGGAGACGUUGCCGCACUUCCCAUUUGGCACGGCGCCAAGCGACGGUGCUUGGCAGGUUGUCAAUGGAACCCGCUUCAAAUUCUUUGUCUACUCCGCCUAUUUCGAUCGGCGCGAUGGAGCACGCUUAGUACGCGUCAUUGGCGCAACCAAAACACGUGGACCAGAGCGCGUCUGGUGCCGAUUCUGGUACGGUCCCACGCCCCACAAUAACAGUGAGGCAUCUGCGUCGGCAGCACGUGCCAAGUACACAUCGGCCACGGUUAUGGCGCGAGUCAAGAUAAUACGCGAGAACUGGAAUCUCAAGUACAGCGCCUGCUUUGUUCUGUGUCCCGUACGUGCGCCUCCUUUGGAAGUGCCGCAAUAUGUGAGCGUUGUCUCGAGGUUGCGCGCACCGCCCGGAAACUUGCUUACAUUGCGUAAUACAGAUCAGGAUGCGGACUUCGCUCAGCCUAUGGUUAACACCAGCGGCAGUGGCAAUGCCCGUCGACCCUUGCCGCAUGCCCCGCCGAGUGGGGAUCAGAUAUCUGAUCGGAUCGCGGUCUGCGUGAAGCCGUUCCACUUUAGCUACGAUCAGGCGCUGUAUCUGAUGGAGUAUCUGGAGUUCUACGCGUUGUUGGGCGUCUCGCACUUCACCUUCUACAAUCAUACGCUGGGACCGCGCGCCUCUUGUGUGCUGCAGAGCUAUCAACGUGGACUCGUACCUGGCAACCUGACGGCCUAUGAUCUAGAGCCACUGCAGCCUGCAGAUGUGGCCAAUAAUGCAACGCCGCGUGUGCUCAAGUCCUUGCACUAUCAGCGACCAACUGUCAGUAUCUUGCCCUGGAAUCUUCGCAUGCGUUCACAGAAGGAGAUUCGCACCGAAGGACUUUUUGCGGCACUCAAUGAUUGCCUCUAUCGCACAAUGUAUCGCUACAAGUAUCUGGCGCUUGUCGAUCUGGAUGAGUUCAUUGUGCCCCGCUACACAGACACUCUCAAUGAGCUCUUGAGCUCACUCAAUCAGCGAUUUCGCAAUCGCAAUACUGGAGCCUAUUCUUUUCAGAACGCGUUUUAUUAUCUGCAGUUUGCAGACGAUCCUCUCGCCAGCUCUGGCAUACCAGGAGGCAACGAUCAAUUGGGCAGCGUGCGCGCCUCGUUGGUGACUCAGCGCAAGACAAGAAGGCGCUACAAACUGCAUCCUCAAAAGCAGCGCUCGAAAUACAUUUGCAAACCAGAAGCAGUUGUUGAGGCGGGCAAUCAUUUUGUGUGGGAGUUCUCACCCGGAAUGGGAUCAUUGAAUGUGCCACCAAAGGAGGCAAUUUUACAGCAUUAUCGCGUUUGCGAAUUUGGAGGCAACGAUUGUAUAAAGGCGCCUUCCAUAAUGGACCGGACGACUACGAAGUAUGUAAACCGUUUGGUGCAACGUGUGGAUGCCGUUUAUCGGCAUUUGCGACAACGUUGCGACCUGCCUGCUUUGCCACCGCUGCCGAAGCGUCCAAGCGCACAGGCAGAGAUGCAGCACAACGAGAAACCAAAGUUACUACAGAAAAUGCGUGAAUUGAAUGCACAGCAGGAAGGAAAGGAGCAGGUGAAGGCACAAGUCAGUGCGACAACGAAGCAACAGGUGGAAAAGGCAACGAUCCGAAGGGCGGCAGCAACCACUACAACCACAACAACAACUACAACAACCACAACCACUACAACGACAACGACGGCAAGGCCGCAGAAUCCAUUUAAGGAUGCAACCACAAAAAGGACAACGAUAAGCAGCACAGCGUCAGGAAAUGCAAAGCAGAUAGCACCCCCGGCCAAUGUGCGAAGGAAACGCAAAAUGAUCGUCUUUGAGUUAGAUGAUAUGGGUGUUCCGAUAGCCCGCGUUGAAUACCACUGAGAACUGGAGUUAAUUGGCGACAUAAGCUGGGAGGCGGGCCCUGGCUAGUUUUUAUAUCUUCGGUUUUUCGUUUUUCAUUUGUGUUUGUGCCAAUUAGUUGAGUAUUAGCAGCGAAAAGAGCAAGCAGAGCUUCGCAUUUUGAAUAGUGUUUAGAAUUUGGUUGUAUUUCAGAGCGGUUGUUGUCCCCCUCACAUUAAGCUCAAUAUCAUAUCAACGAGAACAGACGAGUCAAGAGUCCAUCGCAGGACUAUUAAUAGUUCUAAGAGUUCUCGUAGAUAUUUGCAUUAACUUAAACUCAAAAGGCAUUUAAAUUGGUCCAUUUCUUUUGGUAAUCCUAACGAUAUCUUGAUACUAUAUAUUUGCAAAAUUAUUCCUAUGCAAAAUUGAAUGAAAAUUCCUAAUAAUAAAGUCAAACUGUUAGCCUAAGUUUAGUAUAUGGUAAGUGUAAGUCCCGCAUAUUUAACAACUCCCAUUCCCGAUGUACUGUUUAAUAUAUGCGAUUACAAUAAUACGAUAACAAUUGCAAACUGUUUGACAUUCAUAAUCCACAACUCCUCUGAGCUAAGCACCAAAAAAUAAAAACUGAUACUAACUAUACUUAGCCACUUAGCUAGUCCCUUUAUCUAAUCGCUGUCAAUUGCGGUUAAAUGACAAAACGAGUACUAAGUCAUUUAACAAUAAGCAAAAACGAAUUUUAAAUGCUUCAAAGUAUAUAUCGCACAUAUUUGUAUAUUUUUAUUUGCUUAAACAGCAAUCAGCAACCUUCAGAAGCAGCAACUCAACAAUUUAAAUGACAAAAUAUAAAAUAUGUAUACAAUAAAGAUAUCUAGGAAUAGUGCUCAGUAGAUGAUAAGUGAUUAAAUAAAACCAAAUAUACCAGAUAUGGAAAAUUGUUUUUCAAAA